AGACAGAGAGAGAGCAAAGCAUCAAGCAAAAACCAGAGCUGAUGCUAAGGGGGACACAGUGACCAGAGUGAUAGAGAAAAAGAGAGCCAAAGACACACUGCUGGAUAAAAAGGAGGGAGAUGAGUAGGAAGGGCUAUUACAGCUUGUAGACAGAGAGAGAGGGAGAGAGAGAGAGAGGGAGAGAGACCAACGAGCGAGAUGAAGAGAGAGAGGGAGGGGGGGAGCCUAACAGCCAGGGCAAGACAGCGAGUGGCACAGCAGAGAGGGAGAAGACAGAAGAGGAGAAGGAGAGUGCGUGUUUGUGCUUCCAAGCCUGGAUCCCUAAAGCGUAUCCCGGCAAACCACCGACAGCAAUCGUAAAGAUACGGGACUAAGGCUCUGCACCUCUCUCCAUCCCCUCACACAGACAGCCUCAGCUUCCUGUCCCCAGACCUGCAGUUUGCCGAGUCACACCUGACGAAGAGUCUCCGGUCGACCUAACGUAUAAAUUGUCUGUGGAGACUAAGAGUUGAAGGGCGGGGGGAGGACAAGGAGAUGUUGUAACCCUGACCACUAGCUGUCUGAGAGGAUUAAGGGGACACAGUGAUGGAAGGGGAGCCGCAAAGACAGUCAACAUGAUAAAGUUUGGUCUGUGACCUUUGACCUUUCGGUUGGGUCAAACUGAGCGUGCUCCAGAGGUCAGCUGGCCUCCUCUUCCCGUGGAAUACAAAAGAAUCUGAGAUUACCUACAUCAGGGCCAUUAAACUUCAUUAGACAUAUACUGGACCUUCAACUAGCUCUUUGAGGAGACACUGAAGGACCAAUUCAUCUGACCACAUUCAAAACAUACAGAGAGCAUAGUCUAUACACCAAGUGGAGAGACUGAGCCUUCCGUACAGCCUAACUGAAGGAAAGAAAGGUGUGCUCCCCCCUUCUACCCUAAAAGACAGGAUAACCUGAGUUUGGAAUUGUUCUGGCACUGGGAGCUUUACGAGGAGUGGAGGACAUCAGAGCCCAUGGUUUUGAAAAAAUACAAAGGACAGAGUAGAAAAAAGGGUGGAUGAAAGAAAUCAUUGAUUUCAAGAACCUCGUGGACUGACAUGCCCAUCCUCUACGCCCACUCAAAGACGUGUGUGUGAGUGUGUACAACCGCUUACAGAACCAGCAGUUCUCUCUCCUCGCUGAAAUGCCAUGUUUCUGUGGAUGUAAAAGGUCAUGAUCCAUUUAUACUUGCUGUGUUGGACCCAGUCCUUCAGUUACUGCUGUGAUAAAGAUAAACACUCUCUAAGAGACACUCUCUUCUGGACUUGAUCCAUCAAUUAAAGUCCAUGGGAGAUAUACUAUACAACCCACUCAAAAAAAGCCUGUACUGGCUGGAUCAACUGUGUUGAAAAAGGGCAGUGAAAGCACCAUGAAGUAAAAUAAUGGUGGGAUCCUGUGAUUUUCUACUGAGAGCCAAGAAAAUCCCUCUAAAAUGCUCAAUGUACUCCUGAGGUGGAGAAAGUAUUCACGGGAGGGAAUAAUGCAUACCCCCCCUGUGCUGACCUCUGAAGCCACCAUGAGCAACAUGACUGUCUAUGACAUUGCGGAACCCUCCGACCACUCUCUGACCCCACCCAUUGCACCCUACCCUCUCAGUUUCCAGGUGUCUCUGACUGGGUUCCUGCUGCUGGAGAUUGUCCUGGGUCUGAGCUCCAACCUCACCGUGCUGGUUCUCUACUGCAUGCAACAGAACCUGGUCAGCUCCGUCUCCAACAUAGUCACCAUGAACCUCCACGUUCUUGACGUUCUGGUGUGUGUGGCGUGCAUCCCUCUGACGACCGUGGUGGUACUCCUCCCCUUGGGAGCUGACACGGCCUUGAUUGACUGCUUCCACGAGGCCUGCGUCUCCUUCGCCAGCGUGGCCACCGCCGCCAACGUCCUGGCCAUCACCGUGGACCGCUACGACAUCUCCGUCCGCCCCGCGAACCGUGUGCUGACCAUGGGCCGGGCAGCAGCCCUCUUGGGCUCUAUUUGGGCUCUGUCAUUCCUCAGUUUCCUGGUGCCCUUCAUGGAGGUGGGCUUCUUCAGCCAUUUGGACUCAGACUAUGGCUUUAACCAGACUACCGUGCUCCCUGAAAAUGAGUAUACCACAGAACAGGGACUGUACUACCACCUGCUAGCCCAGAUUCCCAUAUUCUUCUUCACAGCUGUGGUCAUGCUGGUCACAUACUACAAAAUCCUCCAGGCACUGAACAUUCGCAUAGGCACACGCUUCCAACACAACCCACCCAAGAAGAAGCCCAAGAAGAAGAAAACAAUCUCCUUGACCACGGCCCCACAGGCCGAGUCUACGGACGCGUCCCAGAGCAGCGCGGGGGUCAGGGGCGGAGGGAACACACCAUUGGGUAUGCGGACAUCAGUGUCCAUGAUCAUUGCGUUGCGGAGGGCGGUGAAACGCCACCGGGAGCGGCGGGAACGGCAGAAGCGCGUCUUUAGGAUGUCACUCCUCAUCAUCUCCACCUUUCUGCUGUGCUGGACACCGAUCACAGUGCUCAACACGGUUAUCCUAAGUGCUGGCCCCAGCGACGUCACUGUCAGGCUGAGGUUAGGAUUCCUUGUCAUGGCGUAUGGGACCACCAUCUUCCAUCCACUGCUCUACGCCUUCACCAGGCAGAAGUUCCAGAAGGUUCUGAAGAGCAAGAUGAAGAAGAGGGUGGUGUCAGUGGUGGAGGCUGACCCAACUCCUAACAACGUGGUGAUCCAUAACUCUUGGAUCGACCCCAAGAGGAACAAAAAGGUCACCUUUGAGGAAACGGAUGUCAGGCAGAAGUGCCUAUCCUCUGUGGAUGUGGAAUAAGUUGAAACCGAACAGCAGUAUUGAGACAACGUGGAAUAAGUCAAAUUGACAAAAUUUAACAACCUGGAAUGAAAUAUGCCAAACCAUAUGAAUUCACUAGCAUGAUAUGUUCUAGCUGAAAUGACUUUCAACCACUGAGAUGAAGUGGGAUUCGUGAAACCAUCGGGAACAACUAGAACAUGGCAUAAGUAAACCAUUAGAAAUAACUUAGACAAAUUGUGUUAAGUCGAACUAUAAGGAAUAACUGGGACUGUGUGGAAGAAAUUAUGACAAAAUCUUAUCAGGGAACAGGUCUGAAGCAAGGUGGACAUAACAUUGGAUGUGACAAAAUGAUUGUGUUUGCAAAAUGUGAUUAAUUGUGCAUAGUGUCCAAUUUUCUGGGGAUGGAAAACAAGGGUGCAGAGUCGGUAAAGGUGAGCCAAGCUCGGGAAGAGGGGGCAAUAAUGGUGUGGAACACAAGGACACAAUGAUGUGAAGUAGCAAUUCAUUUUAAAAGGGAAACCACAGCACCGACACCAUCAUUUAACUCAAAAUGUAUUACAUGUAAAGCCCCGAGGGGGAUAAUUUAUUAUUAUUUAUUGUGUGAUAUGAUGGAGUGGUUUCAAUGAAAUUUACAAAAUGCUGCUUAAUGUCUCUACUUACUGCAUGGCAUUGUUUUAGUAAUAUAUUAGACUAUAUUGUGUACAGCCAUGUACAGUAUAGGAAAGAAAUACAUUCAUACUUUAAGACUAAAUAUCUGUCCCUUUUUUUAAUAAAUAACCUAAAAAAACAGAGUUCUCAGUCACACACUCAAGCACUCCAUUUUGCUUCAUGAGCUCGGGCACUUGGGCACAGAAGACAUUGAGGCAGCAAAGCUGAACAAAUAUUUACAGGGAUAUUUUGUUUCCGGUUUCCUGUCUCCAUCUGCCUGUUUUGUGUGUCACCACAGAGAGAGAGCAAGCAAGGGAUGGGCAGGGGAGAACCAGCACAUGGCCAGCACUUUUCAAUCAAACGCCUAUCUGGUAAUUGAUCAUGGCGUGGCCAGGACAGAAUGUGGCCGUGGGAUUUCUGCAUGGAAUCGAGAUGUGGGAUCCAGCCUGAGAUGACCCCAGCUGGAUCCCUCCCCAUCUCCCUCUGUGGCCUUGUGUUAACCCAGCUGCCGUUCUACCAUUUACAUCCUAUCUGGUGUCCGGCCAGGCAAAACCAUGCUCAAUAACAGCCCUGAUUUCCUUCAAAAUCACCUCGGGCUCGAAUGUCAAACCCAUCUGUUUCCCCAUCAACUGCUAGCGUCUGGGGCUAGCGCAUAGCUAUCAACCAGUAGAGGUGUUGGUCCUGAGGGAGGAGGGGUGGGCGUGGGAGUGGGGGUUGUGACUGCUCCUCUUAAGCCCUUGGCUGGCAGUAGUGGGGAGGGCAUGUAAUGCAAGCAUGACUGUGUUAAGAGUGUGCGAUUGUAAAAUGGGAUGUGCAUGUGCUUAAACAUUUCUCCCUUUCGUGCCCCCCCACCCCUACCAUCAUAUGUAUCACCCCCAAGGGUGUGGUGCCACAGAAAUAAUGGCGCUUGGUUGUGGCAGACCGAGCAUCAACAUCACUCCAUGCUGACACUGGAAGGUCACCCUGGCCCCAUCCAGGGGGAUGUGGUCAUCAUGGUCUCACACACUGAAUACCAACAUUGAGGGGAGGAGAGACAGGAGGAGAGUGGGAGUUGGAGGGCAGGUGGGCAGGGCGGAGAUGGGAGGGCGGGGGGCUGGAGGAGGACAUGAGGGGGACAGGAGCGUCGAGAUGAGAAGGGCAGUAGGGGAGGAGGGAUUGCAUUCUCACACAAUGCAUAUUAUCUGAACGAGAGCUUCAUGCACUGGACUGGACGUUUGUCUUAACUGCCGAUGAAAGAGGCUCUCGUGCUGGUCGAGUGUGUGUGAUGUUCGUCUUGUCAAUGUCGAACCAAAAAAAUACAUUUAAGAACAAGCAGUGUGACACGGCUGGUUUUGCUCCGUGUGUGGGAGCUGGCCUUGUGCCAUAUCAGCAGAGACAAAAAAUAUAUAUAUAUAAAUUAAUGAACCCCUGUGGAAAGUGUUUGGUUGGCCAACACAAAAACCUCUGUAGAGGUCAAAAGCAGGGCCUGUGGUUGGUCCCGAAAAAAACAUAAAUAAAACCACUGCCCAGCUUAUUAAAAAAAACUGACUAAAAAAACUGACUGAUGAAAAAUAAAAUCUGACAGACAACUCAUGGACUACCUGUUGGACAAAUCAAUCAGCUUGUUUUAAGGCUUCUUGAUUUGUAUGAAUUUUAAGGGAUGAUGAUAAGGCUCUGUUAUUGGUGGUUUUCCAGAAACUACAAAGACAGAACUGACUCGAGUCAACUGAGGCUCCAUCAAAGCGUUCAAUAUAGGUUGCCUCUUUCUCUCUCACCCCCUGUUCAGUCGCUCCACUGUGGGGAUGACACAGGCAAAAGUGAAUGACUAACACGGAGAUAAAGCAGAUAGGUUCCGAACCAUUUAAAAAAAAAAGAUAUAUAUAUAUAUUUACACAGAACGUGUUGUAGGCUACUGAAUAUGCUAACUAGGCUGGAAACAGACAUUCUCUCACAGUUACAUGUAAACACACGCAACAAAGGUGGGCCUAAAUGUGUAGAUGGAAGAGGUGAGUGGAGGAGGAUGAGCUGAAAUGCUAUUGUCUCUGAAGUAUGUGAGUCAUUUGUCCUCACUGACGGUCGACAACUCACACAGCCUCGGAUGCACC